UUGAGAGCCUGAAAAACCAAGAUCGAGAGAUGGAGAGGGUGGUACUCGCGCUAAUCGUUGUAGCGACAAUUACGGCUCUGCCGUUGGUUCAAUGUACGGCCGAUGACCCAAUGAAGGUUGCCCAUUGGUUCCAUGCAGUACUCCCGCUUGCGAAGGAGAAGACCACUCAUCUCCACUUCUACCUCCAUGACAUCGUCUCCGGCAAAAACCCUACCUCCAUCAAGAUAGCCCAAUCGCCCACCUCAGACAAAUCCCCCACCCUGUUUGGGAUUGUCGAAAUGAUAGAUGACGUGCUCACGGUAGGGCCGGACCCGAACUCUAAGCCUGUGGGACGGGCCCAGGGCAUCUAUGGGUAUGCUGGGAAGGACUCAUUCAGCUUGCUGACGAACAUGAACUUCGUGUUCACUAGUAAGGAGUACAAUGGCAGCACCCUGAGCGUCUUGGGAAAUAAUCCCGUUCUCGAGACGUACCGGGAGAUGCCGAUCACAGGGGGGACAGGGGCUUUCCGGCUGGCUCGUGGGAUUGUGACGUCGAAGACCUACUCUCUCAACAUCACCAGUGGCGACGCAAUUGUUGAGUAUAGUAUCAUGGUCCUGCAUUACUAAAUAUCAAAAUUUGUCAUGCAUGCUAAUAUUUCUUAAUUAGUCAUCAUGAAUAACGUAACAUCUUCAUGCAUGUUUUGGUGAAAUCGUAUACUGUUCGGUGCAUCUAGAUAAUUAGUUUACAUGAGAUGAUUCCCGUCGGUUGCACUUUCCGUCCUUUUUAUUCCUCCAUCUAUCAUUUACUAGGCCAUCGUCCUCUCAUGUAAUAAAUAUAUUAUGCUAAAUAUUGAUCUUGUCUGUUCUAGUUAAAAGCUAUUAUACCUUCUACGGCUUACAAUAUCUGCACGAGUGAUGCAGUGGAUCGAUGCAUGGUAUGAUUGUUCCGAGGAAAAAAAUGGCUGCCCUAUUGGUUAAUCUUGGAUGUAUAGUCUUUAUUUUUUGUCGGAAAUUAUUAUCUCCCUCGCUCUUUUGUCUGUGGGAUGUAAUUCGUAGUUCAUUUUUGGCAUUGUAUGUAAAUGGUGAGAAUGCAUGUGAUUUUAUAUCGACUA